UUGACGACAGUAUAAGUAUUUAUAUCUUGUUUGCGUUUUGUGGUUGCUCGGUUUACCCUUCAUAUCUGCAGCGAUGUCGUUUUGUAAUUAAACGACAGCACCGACACUCCUUGCUUCCUCUCCAAGCUAGAGGAUCCUACGUUUCUUUGCAUUUUUGCGCUUCUGCGUUCCUCACCGCUUCUCUGUUGUGCAGCUGAAAAACAAGCAAGAGCAUUUUCCCAACUGCAAUCUAUUUGGAAGACAAAAAGUUGGUUUUGUUUUCAAAGCUGGAGCUCAGAAAGUUGAUCCAGCUGAUGUCAGGUUGGAGCGAAAUCUAGGGAACUAUCCACCACCAUGAGUAGAAAACUGAAUUACGGGUUAAAACCAAAGAAGUCUCAUUUGUCGUAUGCUGAUCUGCAUCAUGAAAUUACCAAAAGCGAGGAAGACAACUCUUUAAAAUCUUAUGGAAAUCAGCAAAGGCAAGCGACUUGUGGAAAGGCUAGUGAGGAAGAUGAGCUGGUUAAGUACAUGUCAAGUUUACCAGGUUAUUUGGAGAGGGGAGAAAAAAUUCCUGAGAAAGUUUUAAAUGUUGGGGUCCUUGAUUGGUUCCGUCUAGAACAAUGGCAGCACAGCCAUAAAUAUGUACCCCAUAGAAGCAGCCGGAGCUCGACAUCUACUAGUGCUACAUCCUCUUCUGUUUCAAAUGAGGGAUUAUCUGGUAAUUCUAGUGGAGGUCAUAGUUGGUCUCCUUCUCAUCAAAGGAUAUUUCGUCCAUCACUGCAAUCUCAUCUUAUGGGAUCUUCAAUACAAGACCACUCUAAACCUGUCAAAUCCUCUGGAGGAAGUGUUGGAACUUGUCAGAAUCUUAGAGGUUGGCACAGUAAUAUUGACACAGAGAGCAAAUAUGUUCGAGCUGGUGACCCCCUUUCCAAAAACCAUCGUGCUAGUAUACUGAAAGGAUGUGACAGGAAACAUCUGUAUCCACAUAUUAAUAAGGAAAGUGACAUCUUGCCAAAUGACCGAAUGUAUGAGGCAGCAUCAUGUGCUAAGCUGAGAAUGAGCACUCAAGAUGGUGCAAUGGAAAAGAAAGUGGAGAAUUUGAGAGAACAUGAUGUUGAUACUGUUGAGCAAGGUAUGCUUGGGAAAAGCAAACCAAUUGUUCUUAUUUUGCCCAGAGACAUCCCCCAGAACAGUCAUUGUGGAGCUCCUGAUAUGCGAACAUCCUUGGGUCAAAAGUUAGGAAGUCCUAGUCGGGCAAGAUUUUCAGAAAAACCUACGGAACCUUCCUGCAGAUAUCUGAAUAGUGAAAUCUCACACUCCUGUCCUGUGCCAGAUGAACUUAUUGGAAGCCAUUCUCACCCUAAAGGGUCUGGAUCCAGUUCCAUUGAUCUAGAAAAUAACAAAGUUCCUGCUCCUACUUUAACAGCUCCUCUACCAGUCAGAAUGGGAAUAAGUCCAUGUAGAUCUAGAAAGGUUGAGGAAAGGAAACACACCAUUGCUACAUCUUCAUCUUCAAAUAGGCCUCCGAAGGGAUUAGACCAGAAAGUAACUACUGAGAAAUCAAGAAGCUCUUCACCUUUUCGUCGAUUUAGCUUCAGCAUUGGCUUUACAAAUAAAGGUUCUGGCUGUAAAGAGGUUUCUCAUGUGCCACAUCAGAGCUCCAUAGCAGCACUUAAAUCUAGUUCUGAAAAUGCAAGAGGUUAUGCUAGCUCAAACAUUUCAGGCAAGGAUAAAUCUGGUGAUGCUGGCAAAAGCAGGUCCAGCCCUUUAAGGAGAUUACUGGAUCCACUGUUGAAACCAAAGGCAACAAACGUCCAUCACUCCAAGGAGUCAUCUCAAAAAGAUUCGUUGUUAGUAAAUAAGAAUUGUAGGUCAGGUAAUGGGAAAUUUUCCACUCUACUGCCGGAGAAAGAAUUGGACAGGGACCAGAGGGUCGGUUGUACCAUAACUAAUACUGCUGAUUUGUCAAAGGACAAGAAGUAUGUGCCUUCCAUGUGUCAAGCUCUUCUGAGCAUUUCUGUGAAGAAUGGUCAACCACGUUUUACAUUUGCUGUUGACAACAAUGGCAACAUUCUUGCAGCCACAGUGAAGAACUUAACUGUCUCAAGGAAAGAUGAAUGCAACUGUAUCUAUACCUUUUUCACCUUUAAGGAGGUUAAAAAGAAGAAUGGAAGUUGGAUGAGUCAAGCAGGCAAAAGCAAAGGUCCUGAUUACGUUCACCGUGUUGUUGCUCAAAUGAAGGUUUCUGAUUCAUACAACUAUGAUUCAACUAGCCAGAAUUGUGUGAACUCCUCUACCACAAAAGAGUUUGUUUUGUUUUCUGUAAAGCUAAAGCAGGGAGAUGCUCAGGUCACUGACUAUCAGCCAGAUGAUGAGCUUGCUGCUAUUGUUGUCAAAUCACCCAAGCCUAUCAAUUUCAUCAAUUAUGCACAUCAGAGUGGUUGCCAGAAUGAUAGUCAAGACCUUCUACAUGUAACAGUUGUGCUCCCAAGUGGGGUUCAUAGUCUUCCAAGUAAUGGUGGACCAUCAUCACUGAUUGAGCGCUGGAAAACAGGUGGAUCAUGUGACUGUGGUGGUUGGGAUUUGGCUUGUAAACUUAAAAUUCUAGCGAAUGAAAACCAAGCCUGUAGAAAAUCAAGAACAUCGAAAGCUUAUUUUGCAGAUCAAUUUGAGCUUUUCAUCGAGGGGAAUGACCAAGACCAAGAGAACCAGCGUGCUUUCAGUUUUUCCCACUUUAAGCCUGGAGUAUAUUCAGUAGCUUUUGAUGCAUCACUCUCACUUUUGCAAGCAUUCUCCAUCUGCAUAGCGUUGGUGGAUGGCAAGAUCCCAUAUGAACUUUCUGAAUCAAGAAACUCCAUUCAAGGAAAAAAUCUGAGGGAAACUCUAUUGGUGCAGACGGAUGAACUAAAGGCUUUUGGUAAAUUUGAGGACAUUCCUGCAAGUUAUGUCGCUUAUCCUCCGCACUCUCCAGUUGGUAGGGUCUAAAAUUAACAUGAAGUGAAGUCAUAUCUGAUAUCUUCUACUCCAUUAAAUGCACAAUAUGGGUAACCAGCAAAGAAUCGUUUUUUUUUUUUUUUAAAUCUUUCUAACACGGGUUAGUAUCGCUUACUCAUAUCUGCUGCAUAUAGGUGAAAGCCUUACAUGUUCAUGACUCGAUCAUAAAUCAGCUUUAUCAAAUAUCAAUCAUUUGAA